CACCAGCACCACCAAGUUCUCCCCCUCCCCCGCUCUCCUCUCCUCCACACUUUGAGGAACACAUCUUAGCACUCAACGAAAAUAAGAUUACAAAGAGGUAGAAAUCAUAUAUACACUGAUAACGUAGUUUAGGGCUAGAUCUGAGCAAUGGGGGAGGAGAAGAUGACGCCCAAGCCCGAGGCAGUCGAGAUGCCAGGGUUCGUGAUGAGCGCGGAGGAAGCGGAGCGCGCGGCGGCGGCGGCCGGGGUGGACACGGUGGAGGACCUCCUUCCCCUGCUGAUCCCGUCGGCGAUGCGGCGCGCUCGGCCCCCGAUCUCGCGGUUCCCCGUGGGCGCCGUGGGGCUGGGCGAGAGCGGCCGCGUCUACGCCGGGGUGAACCUCGAGUUCCGGGGCCUCCCUCUGUCCCAGUCCGUCCACGCCGAGCAAUUCCUGAUCGCCAACGCCGCCGCCGCCGGGGAGACCGCGCUCCGCUCCAUCGCCGUCUCCCACAUGCCCUGCGGCCACUGCCGGCAGUUCCUCCAGGAGAUCCGCGGCGCCGCCGGGAUCCUGAUCCUGGUGACCUCCGAUGCCGUCGACGGCUGCGAGCCAGAGUGGCGCACGGUGGCGUCGCUCCUGCUUCGUCCCUUCGGCCCCCAUGACCUGCUCCCCAAGGACGCCCCCCUCGUCCUCGAGCCGCACGACAACCCGAUCGGCGAUCCCGUCGAAGCCGUCGUCGCCAAUGGCUUCGCCGCUGGCGGCCUGGAGGCGCGCCUGAGGGAGGCCGCGGAGGCGGCCGCGCGGGCGGCGCACGCGCCGUACAGCGGAUGCCCGUCGGGCUUCGCGGUGGCGGACGGUGAAGGGAGAGUGCACGCGGGGGGUUGCCUGGAAUCCGCGGCGUACAACCCGACACUGGGACCUGUGCAGACGGCCAUCAUUGCGAUGGUCGCCGCCGGAGGGGGCCCCGCCGGCGACGUGGUGGCGGCGGCGCUGGUGGAGAAGGACGGGGCGGUGGUGGCGCAGGAGGCGAUGGCCAGGAUCUUCCUGGCCGCCGUGGCGCCGCAGGCGAGCUUGCACGUGUACAAGUACAGGUCGUCCGAUGUGUGAUCCCUCGGCUCUGGAGCCUGUACCCUCGGCGGUGGUGGGGAGAGCAGGAGGCGGGGAUGGGACGAGAUAAUGUUCAUAAUCAAGAAUAAGAUGAGGAGAAAAGAAUCUUGUGUAGAUGGGUGAGCUGUAAAUUCCACAUGGCUCUUUGCGAUUGGCUGAUUGGACGCCGAGAGCUGGAACCUACCUACUGCUCUCAGUGAUUAGUGUUCUUCUGUUCAUGUGUGUGUAAAAAUAAAAGUUCUCUAAAUGAUGCAGUAAUAAAAAUCUCGAUUCAUUCUUGGGGGUGAUGGGUUGCUUGGCUUCUCCUCCCCGUCCCUUGAAA